UUGACAGUUGUCAAAAUGUCCGCCGUUUUAAAUGUUUUUAAAGUUAAUAUUAAGUUAACAAACCUAUAUGUAGUGCAAUAUUAUGGUCUUAAAAAUUUUAGUUACGUACAUUCCAAACGAAAAUCGAAGUUUUUUCCAGUAUUAUACCAGUCACAAAGAGUCUAUGCUAGUAAAGAUACUGAACCAAAACCAACAAAAGUAAGCGGGGGAAUAUUAUCUAAAACUCUAUCUCGUAUUAAUAUCAUACCCAAAGAUCAAACAGUUCGAGAAUGUUUUCACCCUGGAGCAACUGCAAUUUCCAGGGAUUCUCUCCCUCUAACUGGAAAGAAUGUUGUUACCGGCCCCCAAAUGGUUGGAGCAAUGCUACAAUAUAUUUGGCCAAAAGAUAACAAAGCUAUAAGAGAUAGGGUAACUUUAGCUGUGGGAUUGUUAAUAAGCGCUAAAGUGUUAAAUGUAUCAGUUCCAUUUAUUUUUAAAUAUUCUAUAGAUUAUUUGAAUUCUGCAGGGACCUUAAAUUUGGACUCUGCUCCUGCCGCCAUCACUGCUGUAGCGACAAGUUUACUAAUAGGCUAUGGUAUUGCGAGAGCUGGUGCCGCUGGUUUUAACGAAUUACGAAACGCCGUUUUUGCUAAAGUGGCUCAACAUUCAAUAAGAAAAAUAGCAAAAAAUGUUUUCUUACAUUUGCAUAAUCUAGAUUUGGCUUUUCAUUUAUCCAGGCAAACUGGUGCCCUCUCUAAAACAAUUGAUAGAGGAUCUCGAGGGAUCAAUUUUGUUUUGUCUGCUAUGGUUUUCAAUGUUGUGCCAACUAUAUUUGAGUUGGCACUGGUGUCAACUAUAUUAGGUUUAAAAUGUGGGGCUGCAUUUGCUGGAAUCUCAUUGGGUUGUGUUGGUAUUUAUGCCGCUUUCACUUUGGCCAUUACACAGUGGAGAACAAAGUUUCGAGUGUAUAUGAAUCAGGCGGAAAAUGAAGCUGGAAAUAAAGCUAUUGAUUCGCUGAUCAAUUAUGAGACUGUUAAGUAUUUCAAUAACGAAAAAUUUGAAGCCAAUCGCUACGAUAACGUUUUAAAAAAAUACGAAGGUGCUAGCUUAAAAACUAGCUCAAGUUUGGCUCUGUUAAAUUUCGGACAGAACGCCAUUUUUAGUGCUGCCUUGAGUGGUAUAAUGGUUUUAGCAGCACACGAAAUCAUUAAAGGUAAUAUGACCGUUGGUGACUUAGUAAUGGUCAACGGACUAUUGUUUCAACUUUCUGUACCAUUGGGAUUUUUGGGUAGUGUGUACAGGGAAGUUAGACAAGCGUUAAUUGACAUGCAGACAAUGUUCACUCUCAUGACAAUGGACACUGCUAUUAAGAGCAAACCACAUGCUCCAUAUUUACACGUCGACUCUAAAACAUCCGACAUCAAAUUCGAAAACGUCUUCUUCGACUAUGGACCAGGAAAAGAAAUUUUGAAAGAUCUGAAUUUCACGAUAACACCAGGCAAAAAAAUCGCCAUCGUGGGUGGAUCAGGAUCUGGAAAAUCAACAAUUGUGCGCCUUUUGUAUCGUUUUUACGAACCAACAUCUGGCCGUAUUUUAAUUGGGAAUCAAGACAUUCGUGAUGUUGAGCUUGAUAGCUUAAGACAAGCUAUUUCAAUUGUCCCUCAAGACUCUGUUCUCUUCCACGACACCAUAAGACAUAACUUACACUAUGGUGACCUGUCCGCGACCCAGGAGGAAGUAAUUAGGGCCGCUAAAAUGGCCGAAAUUCACGAAUCUGUAGUAAAAUGGCCCAAAGGUUACGAGACUCAAGUUGGCGAAAGAGGGUUGAAAUUGUCGGGGGGUGAAAAGCAGAGAGUUGCUAUAGCGAGGGCGAUCCUCAAGAAUUCACCGAUUUUGGUGUUUGAUGAAGCCACGAGUUCUUUAGAUUCGCUUACGGAACAUCACAUUCUGGAAGCCCUAAAAAGGGCCACCGAAGGUCGUACAAGUAUUUGCAUAGCUCAUAGAUUAAGUACUGUGAUGGAUGCAGACGAGAUUUUAGUCCUCGAAAAUGGAAAAGUAUCCGAAAAGGGCACCCAUGCGACAUUAAUUCAAAAUCCAGAUAGUUUAUAUUUCAAACUGUGGAAAGCACAGAACCAUGAAAAUUUUGGACUGGCGAAGAGAAAAUCAACCACAGGAAUACAAACAAGUCUUGUACGUGUUAUAGAUUAAUUUUUUGUAACUAAAAAUUUUUAUUCACCGCUCUGUAAAUAUGUACAUAUCUAUACAGUAUAUUUAAUAAAUGUUGUAAAAUGGG